AUAGACGUUCCGGCCGUUUUACCGUCAGAUGGUACAUCGCAAUUUGAUGAUGCAACCUUAAAAGGUAAGAAUAACAGUUAAAAUAAACACAACCUAUUCAAUAAGGUAUGGUUAUCAAAUCAAUGAGGGUUACGCAAUCCUUUUAAGAGAGGCGCACAAAGGGACCUGUACCGCUUAGUGAUCAUGUAACAGGAAAAAUGCAGACAAAUUUUGCAUGUCAACAAAAUUACUUCAAUAUUUGACAGCCAGUUAAACUGCUGCUCUCCCGGAUAUUUAAUCCAUCUGCAUAUGUCUGGCUGCUAUUUUGUGUAUCCCUAUUGAGUUAUGUUCUAUAUCAUGGAUGUUUUCUGCUUUUUUGUUAGCGAUGACGGAGGUGUACUUGAAAGAAGGUGACAACGAGUACAGCAAAGGAGAAACCAACAAUGCAGUACACUUUUAUUCGGAGGGACUGCAAGUGAACUGCAAAGAUGUCAAACUAAACGCCAAACUCUAUAGCAACAGAGCAGCAGCUCAGCUCCUUCUGGGUAAGAAUUAAUCAAUUGUUCCAGUUUUGUAUCCAUUUUGAUAGGGAAUGAUUAUAAUUAAUCAUCUACAGUUCGAAUGGUGUGCGUGAAGGAAAACUUUUGCCGCGUUUGCAGCAACCUCAAGGUAAUAUGGGAAGGUAGCGCUGGCAUGACUGGGACAGGCUCAAUGCACGGCCCCGUCACCAACAUCACUCGUUCUGGCCGAUUUUCUAUUCGUCAGCUGGCUAUUUAAAAAAUGGGAUAAAAUCUGACACUAAAAAUUGUGAACCUAAAACUAGCCAAUCAGAUAUAUGAAAAUCAGGUCGAAAAUAGACAGACUGAAAGACUGAAAGACCUUUUCGCUAAUUUGGCUACUUGCCCAGCAGUAAGAAAACAUUAUUAGCUGCUACGUUUAAAGUAGACUCCAAUUCUGAAAGUUGAGAAUUUGUACUUCCGUACUCAUAUGAAAUUGUUUUGUUAGGAAAUUUUCAAGAAGCUUUGGAUGAUGCUACAUUGUCUGCUCAAUUGGCACCAACUUUCAUCGAAGCAAUAGAAAUCGGUAAGUUCUAGACAUUUCCUGAGACAUGCAAGAACUGUCUCCGAGGAUGACCAAAAGGUUGGACUUCUGACCAGUUGAUCGUUCAGGAGUAAAGCUUGUGCUGGGGUUCCACAUUGUCUGAUCUCCUUAAUCGUUCCACAGUCUAGUUGUAUUAGCUUAAUUUCGACUUUGCUUUUGACUGACCCUCUACCAAAAGCACAAUGAAAAUUCAAAAGUAAUCCUCCUACUCUCAGAGUGUUCUAGAUUAAGUUGUAAGUUCUGAUAGUUUCAUAAAAAAGCUACUAUAUCGUCACAUUUAUUACAUAAACUGCGAUGUUUUACAAGGAUUUCCAGGCCUAAGAAAUGUUUUAACAGCACACGUGUAAAAUUACGAUAAGCCUUAUCGCCCACGCACUUUACGACUUUUCUUCCAGGAUCGAGGAUCCUUUUUUUAUUCGUUGAUAAAGUCGACUUUUCUUGUCAAUGAAGACUAUUAUGUCUAUAUAACAAACAAAACAAUACAUGGUUACUUGUAGAAAUGGAACUUCUCUUCGACUGUUCAACCCGAUAUCUCACUCUUCCCUUGUUCUCACUCGUGAGCUAUCGCGUUGACCACUCGAAGAGAAAUUCCAUAUCUACGCGCGCCCAUGUACAAUUCUCACUCGAUUCUAGUAAAUUUACUCUGAUUGCGCACAUUGCGAGACAUCACUAAAGUUAAUAUUUGUGAGAUUAAAAUAGAAGUACAAAUUGAGGUGUUUUAGUAUCUGCAGUGGGAAAAAUGAUCUUCCUUGAUACAAUUUUUUUCAAUUUCUUUUAGGGGCCAGUGCAUGUGUACAGCAACACAUGUAUCAAGAAGCUAUAACUUGGUGUCAGAAAGGAUUGGCAGUAUCCUUUGACGAAUGUAGAAAAAGCCAAUAGUGCUAUGGAGAUUUCUCUCAUUUAAUUACUCAUGUCAAAAAGCGAAAAGUAGGCAGUUCCCAUAUCUUGUUGACCCUGAUAAAUAUACGAAUUCAAGAAACCGGGCGACUUGUCAUGUAAAUGGCCAACAACAUCAGAAAUCAUCUUAAACAUUACUGAGUUCAAACGUUUACCUGAAUGAUGCCCGUAAUUAUAUCACCUUUUACCAUAACACUUAAUAGGUGCCAAACAACUCCAAAUUCCUAUCAAACCUCAUGUCUAAAAACAAAGUUCUGUAAUUCCUUUCCUCUCAUGUCCUAUCACUGGAGUUAAAACCGUCUGCUUGCGCCAUUGGCAGUGUCAUUGCCAGCUCCAGUCACCGCAAGUAUGCGGAGUCAGGUGCACAUUUACAUGUAAGCUUAUAUAUUCGUUAACACAACUGAUCUAGGCCAUGAGAAUUAAGUGCACAAUUUUUGUCUAACCUCCUAUUCCACUUUGGGCAAAAAUACAUCCGAGUUAUAAACUCUAGUUCGUCGCUUUAAUAUGUUGCCUAAGUAAAAUAAAGGAUGUUGAUGUACAGGGAGAGUUUUUUUUAAGGAUUUGUCUAAUUGGGCUUACAUUGAAUACGUGUAAAUAUGCAGCUGACUCCACACACUUGCAGUGCACCGGCGGUUGAAGUACUAAUGGCGUUCACGUAUGCUUGCAGUGCUUCUUGCGCUAGCAGUGGUGCUGGAAGUGAUGAUGACGAUGGCUGCUGCUGCUGCUAUUUCUGCUUCUUUCCUCCUCACCACUACUGAUAAAAGAAGCAGUAGAGGUAGUUAUAGAUGUAUUUGUAUUACUUUUAGCUCUUGUGGCCAAUUUUCAUCGCACCGGAUUGAAUGCUGGCGUGGACCGAGUUUGAAAUUAUAGUGUAAACAGAACUGACCUAAAACUCUUUAGAAGGCAAAUUCUUUGACUUGACGCUUUGAAGAUUAACAAUAACAAUAAGAAGUUACUUGAUUUGUGGACCGAGUGUUAUAAACAACUAACUGGCAUAGAUGAAACGAGAAUUAAUCAGGAAAUUAACACUAACCGUGACAACAACAAAGCGAAAAUCGAGGUAAGAGAACGUUUACGACUUUAAAAUUAAUCGAAAACCAAGAGUUAACGCGGAGAGGGAGCCUCGAUUAGCGUGAUUCCAUGUAGGACAGACCAGCUCAAUUUUUCUGUAGAUAUAUAUAUAUAAGAAGGCAGUUGUUAUGUUUGUGAUACCUAGAGUAUGUUUAAAAUCUAAGACGGUCGUGCAGUUGUGUUUCGCUGAGCGCUGUUCACAUAUUUUUUUCACUCUGAUAUUGUAUAUUAUCUAUUUAUCAUUAUGAAUUUAUUUAAGCAAUUUUCUUAGACUCUGAAGGUAAGUUUUUGCCUAACUUCAAAGAUAUUAUCAUUUGUAAGCCUCGAAUAACAACCCCUUGGUCAAAACAAUUUUCAUUUCUUUAGAGAAGAGGCGUAAGGAAAAAUGUCCUCUGUCCACACCCAGCUGGCUUGGUUACAUAAAUUGAGUAGCACCACACGCAAGUCUGGCCCAUAUAAUAGGCCAUCGAGAAACGUAAUUAAGGAUAAGUAAGCCAAGGGGAUAAAAGGUAGUCAAACAAUUUCAAUAUUUCUAACUUUAAACCUUAGGAUAUACAAAUCAACGAUCAGCUACCUCAAGCAGCUGUCCAAAAGAUCCUCCACUAUGCGAAAAUUUUGCAUUUUUCUAUUGAAGUGGGGGACAAAGCUGGAGAGGGGGGGAGUUCCUGCAGUCUCGGCAAUGCUUAUUACAGCAUAGGUGAUUUCAAAAGAGCCAUCCAGUAUUAUGAACGUCAUCUAAAAAUUGCCAAAGAAUUGGGAGCCAAGGCCGAAGAGGGAAAGAGUUACUGCAAUCUCGGCAAUGCUUAUCAUAGCCUAGGAGAUUUCGAAAGAGCCAUCCAGUAUCAUGAACGUCAUCUAAAAAUUGCCAAAGAAGUGGGAGACAAGGCUGGAGAGGGUAAGAGCUACAGCAAUCUUGGCAUUGCUUAUCGUACCCAAGGAAAUUUCGAAAAGGCUAUCCUGCAUCAUGAACGUCAUUUAACAAUUUCCAAAGAAGUGGGAGACAAGGCUGGAGAGGGAAGCAGUUACGGGAAUCUCGGCAGUGCUUAUCAUAGCCAAGGAGAUUUCAAAAGAGCCAUCCAGUAUCAUAAAUGUCAUCUAACAAUUGCCAAAGAAGUGGGAGACAAGGCUGGUGAGGGAAGGAGUUACGGGAAUCUCGGCAAUGCCUAUGAUAGGCUAGGAGACCUCGAAACAGCCAUCCAGUAUCAUGAACGUUCUCUAAAAAUUGCCAAAGAAGUGGGAGACAAGGCUGGAGAGGGAAAGGGUUACUGCAAUCUCGGCAAUGCUUAUCGUAGCCUGGGAGAUUUCGAAAAGGCCAUCCAGUAUCAUGAACGUGACCUAAAAAUUGCCAAAGAAGUGGGAGACAAGGCUGGAGAGGGAAGUAGUUACGGGAAUCUUGGCAAUGCUUAUGAUUGCCUAGGAGACUUCGAAAGAGCCAUCCAGUAUCAUGAACGUCAUCUAGAAAUUGUCAAAGAAGUGGGAGACAAGGCUGGAGAGGGAAAGGGUUACUGCAAUCUCGGCAAUGCUUAUCAUAGCCUUGGAGAUUUCAAAAGAGCCACCCAGUAUCAUAAACAUCAUCUAAAAAUUGCCCAAGAAGUGGGAGACAAGGCUGGAGAGGGAAGUAGUUACUGCAAUCUCGGCAAUGCUUAUCAUAGGCUAGAAGAUUUCGAAAAAGCCAUUCAGCAUCAUGAACGUCAUCUAGAAAUUGCCAAAGAAGUGGGAGACAAGGCUGGAGAGGGAAAGGGUUACUGCAAUCUCGGCAAUGCUUAUCAUAGCCUAGGAGAUUUCAAAAGAGCCAUCCAGUAUCAUAAACAUCAUCUAAAAAUUGCCCAAGAAGUGGGAGACAAGGCUGGAGAGGGAAGGAGUUACUGCAAUCUCGGCAAUGCUUAUCAUAGGCUAGAAGAUUUCAAAACAGCCAUACAGUAUCAUGAACGUUCUCUAAAAAUUGCCAAAGAAGUGGGAGACAAGGCUGAAGAGGGAAGGAGUUACUACAAUCUCGGCAAUGCUUAUUGGGGGUUGGGAGAUCUAGAAAGAGCUGUCAGCUUGUCUCGUUGUUGCGUGCUAAUUUUUGAUGCUAUCCGAGCCAAUCUGCGGUUCAGAGAUGAUUGGAAGAUUAGCUACCGCGACAUGCAAAGAAAUGCAUAUACUUGUUUGUGGCGUCUUCAUUUAAAACAAAAUCAAAUUUUGGAUGCGCUUCUAUCUGCUGAACAAGGACAUGCACAGGCUCUUAAUGAUCUGAUUUGUUUUAGGUAUGGGUCGGGAGGAAUACAGCCUCGGCCUCACACUCCAGGGAAUUUUGAUCUUGAGCUCCUUGCAAGCUGUGCUGUUUCAAAUACAGUUUUCAUGGCUGUAGAUGAUAAGGAACGCAAGAUAUUCUACUGGUUUAUUAACAGCUUUCAAGAUAUUCAAUUGAGAAGUACUGAGAUAAGUAAUUAUGGCUCGUUCAAAGAUGUCAAUACCUUAAUUGGAAGCUUAAUGAACACAGCAUCAAGAUCGUUUAAAAGAGGUGUAAUUAAAUGCGAAGAUCGCUCUCUUGAUGAGCCCUGCACUGAAGAAUUAGUGAAGAAAAGGUCAGGUCAUGCUUAUUUCUCUUCUGAAUGCUCACCGAAAGCUGCCUUGAGGAUGUUGUAUGACGUUAUCGUUGAGCCGAUUGGUGAUCUCAUCAAUGGCAAUGAAAUUAUCUUUGUUCCCGAGAGUUCAUUGUGGUCAGUCCCUUUUGCUGCAUUGAUGGAUCACGAGUCAAAUUAUUUGUGUGACUCUUUCCGAGUUCGAACGAUUCCAUCCCUGACUACUUUGAAGCUGAUAAAUGAUUACCCAGACGACUUCCAAUAUAAGAAAAGUGCUUUACUCGUGGGUGAUCCAUGUUUGGAGGGGGUUCUUUUCGAGGGGAGGAAGCUCGAUCCACUGCCAUGUGCGAGAGAAGAAGUUGAGAUAAUCGGGAGAAUCAUUGGCGCCGAUCCUCUUAUUGGUGAAGAAGCCAAAAAAGAUGAAGUGUUGAGGCGACUUCCCUCUUUUGCCUUGGUACACUUUGCUGCACAUGGCCGAAUGGAAACAGGCGAAAUUGCCUUAGCGCCACGAAGUACUUGCUCAUCACAGCCCUUUGUUAAGGCAGAGGAUUGUAUUCUAACAAUGAAAGAUGUGUUGGAUAUUCGGAUACGAGCGAGGCUGGUUGUGUUAAGUUGUUGUCAUAGCGGUCGUGGAGAGAUAAAGGCUGAGGGAGUUGUUGGAAUUGCAAGAGCGUUUUUGGGUGCCGGCGCUCGCUCUGUUCUCGUGUCACUGUGGGCUAUUGAUGACGAGGCUACUCUUGUGUUUAUGAAACAUUUCUAUGAAGAACUGGUUACUGGAAAGCUUGCAAGUGAAGCUCUUAACCAAGCUAUGAAGAGCAUGAAAGAUUCUGAAGAGUUCAGCGAUGUGAAGUACUGGGCACCCUUUGUACUCAUUGGGGAUGACGUCACGCUGGAAUGA